GCCCCUCCCCGCCACAUGGCUGCGCCUCCCUCCCGCCGCGGGGGCGGGGCGCGGCCGCCAUCGUGCGCUCGGCGCUCGGCCGCUGCCUCCCGGCAGCGCCGCGGCGCAUGCGUGCGGGGCUCCCUCCUCUCGCCGCGCUGCGUGGCGGCGCCGCCAGCUCCGGGCCCGCCGCCGCCGCCGCCUCUCGGGGGCCGGGGCCGGGCCGGGCCGGGCCGGUUGAGGCGAGGCGAGGCGAGACCGUGCGAGGCGAGGCGAAGCGCGGGGAUGGCGGCGGCGGCGGGAGGCGGCGGUGGCGGCUCCUGCGGGCCGGGCGGAGCGGCCUGCGGGGUCGGGGGGGUGGGCGGCGCGGCCCCGGUGCCGUCGCCGUCGCCUUCGCCGGGCGGGGGGGUGUCCAUGUUCCGCUGGCUGGAGGUGCUGGAGAAGGAGUUCGACAAGGCCUUCGUGGACGUGGACCUGCUGCUGGGCGAGAUCGACCCCGACCAGGCCGACAUCACCUACGAGGGGCGGCAGAAGAUGACCAGCCUCAGCUCCUGCUUCGCCCAGCUCUGCCACAAGGCGCAGACCGUGUCGCAGAUCAACCACAAGCUGGAGGCACAAUUAGUUGAUCUGAAGUCUGAACUGACGGAAACACAGGCAGAGAAAGCAGUAUUGGAAAAAGAAGUCCAUGAUCAGCUCCUGCAACUCCAUGCUGUUCAGCUUCAGCUACACGCCAAAACUGGUCAGAAUGUUGAUUCUGGGGCUAUUAAGGCGAAACUGUCUGUCCUUUCUGUGGAUGAAAUGGAGAGAGAACUUGAAGCUAGCAAGAAAGAAAAAGUGAAGGAAGCUCAGCUGGAAGCUGAGGUGAAAUUGCUGAGGAAGGAGAAUGAAGCUCUUCGUCGACACAUAGCUGUGCUUCAGGCUGAGGUUUAUGGAGCAAGAUUGGCAGCCAAGUACUUAGAUAAGGAACUAGCUGGCAGAGUUCAGCAGAUUCAGUUACUGGGCCGAGAUAUGAAGGGACCUGCUCAUGACAAACUCUGGAAUCAGCUUGAAGCAGAAAUACACCUUCACCGUCACAAAACUGUUAUUAGAGCUUGUCGAGGUCGGAAUGAUCUGAAGCGACCAAUGCAAGCACCACCAGGACAUGAUCCAGAUGCCUUAAAGAAGAGUCAAGGUGUUGGUCCAAUCAGAAAAGUUCUGCUAGUGAAAGAAGACCAUGAAGGACUAGGAAUUUCAAUCACAGGUGGGAAGGAGCAUGGUGUUCCAAUACUGAUCUCUGAAAUCCAUCCUGGACAACCUGCAGAUCGAUGUGGAGGACUGCAUGUUGGUGAUGCCAUUCUGGCAGUGAAUGGAGUUAAUCUAAGAGAUGCCAAGCAUAAAGAAGCUGUAACUAUCCUUUCCCAACAGAGAGGAGAGAUUGAAUUUGAAGUAGUGUAUGUUGCUCCAGAAGUUGAUUCAGAUGAUGAAAAUGUAGAAUAUGAGGAUGAGAGUGGACACCGCUAUCGUUUAUAUCUUGAGGAAUUGGAAGAAGGUGCAAAUUCAAGUUCUAGUAGGAAAGAAGCAAUUGUGGAUGUCAAACCCUCGCAAGUGUUUGAUAAGAAACCAGGAAUUGAUGGACAUGAAAAUGGAGACCUGAGGAAUUCAGUUGAAGCUCCGUUAGAAGACGCUGCACCCAAAUUAAGCCGUUCUGCUGAGUCUUUAUCCUAAAAAAGCAAACAAAAACCCACAACUGGACAGAUCCCAUCUUUGGGAACAAUUGAUAAUCAAUAGUGACUGUUCCAAGUUGCAUAUACAAGUGUAGGUUGUAAAAGGAAGAUUAAAAGUCAAAGGGACCUGUAUUACUGUUGCCUGGAUAAAAGGCAGUUACCUCAGGGCUUCAUUGUGAGCAAUUCUAAAUGUGGAAAACUGUCUUUUGCGUGACACACAAUAGUUACUUAACACAUGGCAUGUUAAAUGAAUUUCCUUUUAAUAAUAAGUACCAAAGCAUGGGAUUUCUAAAAAUGAUAACCUCAAUACCUUCAACUUUUAAUCUCAUUGAUGUCCCCGAGGAAAGAGAGUAAGAUGUGGCCAUCUUCAUUUGAAACUGUUUUAAAGGGAGAACAAUGUUCAGUCUGUUGUGAAACUUUGACUCCAGAAAGCGAGGGGGGGAAUUGUACUGUUGCAUACCUGAGUUUUCCACUUGGGAUUUUUGAGCUGUAACUUUAAAAACAAACAAAAAUUGUUUUCUGAGAACAGCAAAAACCAGAUUUUACUUGAGCAAAGACCAUCAAAACCAUAAUUGGACAGUGGAGUACUUGCUAAUUGUGAUCCUGCAGCCCAUGAUAAUUUUAUGGGUGAGAUUUUUGGCAUUAUUGUUUUAAUUAAUUCACUGCCAAAUGAAACUUGCUCUGAAAGUAUUUAGACAGAGUAUUACAGGGUUUUACAAGCAAAAUUUGCUUAAAAAGCACUCACAGUUAUGUUCCCUUUGGCGUUUUUUUCCCAAGCAUCAUAAAUUUAGCAUACAUUCUUGAAUGGAUGUGGUUACUGCCCAUGUGGAGUUGUCUGAGUUGGUCAUUAUUAGCUUGAAUUUAGGAAAUGCUCAGUGUUUUUAAUAAGUACUGGACAUAUUCAUUUCACAUUACAAUAAUCUUUAAAGAAGUGAAAGUAAAGUGCACGGUGCUUUAUAGGAGGUACUCAAAAUCAUACAGUGUCCGGCCCUAUCUGUUAAUUUUGGCAGUUGUAUUAACCUGUAAUUGUCUUAUUGUUGAAACAAAACAUUAUUCCCUUUGUAAGAGUAGUGUAUCUCAAAAUAGCUUUUAAUUGGUGUACAUCUAAAGGUUUGUGGCAUGGUUGCAGGUGGGAAUGUUGAGCAUGGCUUCUUGACCAGUUUCUCAUACUCUUGUAUCUGUAGAUAUACAAGAACUGAACUUGGAGAUCUGUAAGUGCAACACUCUCCAUAUGCAAACUUUUGCAUUGUGAUCGCAUCUAUUGUUUCAGCCUGCAAAGGCAGCUUUCCUGUUAACUGCUCUUCAGGCUGUGGAACUGUAAUGUGAAAAGAGUUUGUAAUUUGAGAGUGGAGCUUAUGUGAGAAGGCAUCUUCGCAAGUGUUACUGUGUAGGAUAUACAUAUAUAGCAAAAAAACUCAAAGGCCUUUAGAGUAUUAUCAAUUAAUUUUACAUUCAAAAUUGUGAUGUAGAACACAGUUACUUGUUUCUCCUAGGAGCACUAUAUAUAUGUUUAUAGAAAAAUCAUAAAAAUGUAUAUACUUUAUUCAAAGAUUUUGCUAUUUAUAAAUCCCCUAACUUCGCUAUUUACAGGAUCGUUAAGUGUGCGUGUAUGCAUGAGUUCCACUCAGUGGAAUUACAUUAUUUGGUUCAUUUUUUGUAACAGUCCCUGUCAUAUGGCAUGGCGUUGAAGGCUUUUAGAAUAGUCAAAGUUGUACAAUUUUCAGCACACAGAAACUAGUAUUUAAAAAUAAAUCCCUUUAAAGAAGAAACAGGUUCCCAGACAUGUUUCUUUUCUUUAAAGCUUCAGAAAUUUUAGGACACGUUGGCUACAUAUUAGCAGAUAAAUCCACUGCCAUAACUUUGCAUCCAGAUUUCUGUUUCUCCCAGUCAGUAGGUGUGCUAAGUAAGUGCAUCCCGCAGUAAGUAGAGUGAACUCUGAAACAGUCUGUGGCCUGGGACAUUCUGUAUCCUCUGUGGUAGAGAGGAUAGCUCAAAGCCAAGUAGUGAUCUUGUCUUUAGAGAUCAUAGCUGUAUGAAAUUCUGAUGCGGUUGUAGGAAAUGAAGCUGGUCCAACUAGUCUGAUAACUUAAAAAGUAAUUUGCCUGUACAGUUUCCAUGUAGCUGAGGGAAAGAUUAAAUUUUUAAUUUAUUUGUUCUCACUUCCUGGCACGCCUCACUUUCCACUUUUGAUCUGUUUAAGCCUGAAGUGGGAGAAUGUUUCUGGAGUUACUGUCCUGACAUUCCUUGUCCACCUGUUUCUUAUGAUGCUAUGUGCUUUUCUUUAUUGUCUGGAAGUUGCUGGACCCUUUCUCUGUUACCUUGUCUAUUUUUGACCUGUAUCUGAGAUAACAGAAGGAACAAUUGCCAAGGAAAAUGACUAGGAGUAGACAAAUCAGGUAGCAGUAAAUUAUCACUGUAUUUCCUUGCCUGCAGUUUUUAUAAUCUUUGUUUAGAAAGCCCUGAAUGGGAAGACUUUGCUCAGACACUACAGCAUGGCUGUACUCCACACUUCCUACCAGCAGAUUUAACAUACUGAUUUACUGUAGUCAUACUGAGAUGCUUUGAGAUUAAUAUUUAAACUGAGAAAAGUUUUGCAAGUCGGGAUUUCCAGAUUCAAUAGACAAAUGUGUAUUUCCCACUUUGUCAGAAACUGGAAGACUGCUUAUUCCCAGAGGUUGAAUGAAUUAGACUCGGAAGAAUUUCCGAGGCAAGUCAGUAUUCAGACUUCAUUUUUAUUUUUUAAAGUGUAAAACGGUUUACUGGUGUAUGUGUGUGUAUAUAUAUUUUUACUUCAAAAAUAAAAUAAUAUUCUAAAGAGAACGGUGCAAUUUUUUAGUAGAUAAUUCCUUGCCUAUUAAAAAGAAAACUUCGUUGAGACAAGUGUAUUUUAAGCUAAAGGUAGACAGUGCUUCUUGGCGUCUGGGACCAAUGUUAAUUAAGAGCAUGCAAGUUAAGGAAAGUGCUUAAUGGCAAUAAAUUUAAUUCUGAUCAAAGAC